GGCCGGCGGCGGCAGAAGAGUCGUCGUUAUUUCCGCGGUCUGAGCCGUGUGCCGGCGCGGGUGGCCGCUGGAGUAGUAGAUAGGGAUCGCUCGUGCGGAGCCAUUGAGACUUCCUUCCUCCCGUGUCUGAGUGCUUCAGACCUCGCUCGUGUGGCAGACCCUGGGGACGCCAGGUCACCCUGCGGCCCCAGCCCUCCCGCCGCGCUUCAGGCAUAAUGGUUAUGAAAGCUUCCGUAGAAGAUGAUGAUUCAGGAUGGGAGCUCAGUAUACCAGAAAAGAUGGAAAAAAGCAAUACAAACUGGGUGGACAUAACGCAACAUUUUGAAGAAGCUUGUCGAGAAUUAAAGUUGGGAGAACUGCUUCAUGAUAAACUAUUUGGUCUAUUUGAAGCCAUGUCUGCCAUUGAAAUGAUGGAUCCCAAGAUGGAUGCUGGCAUGAUUGGAAACCAAGUUAAUCGAAAAGUUCUCAAUUUUGAACAAGCUAUCAAGGAUGGCACCAUUAAAAUCAAAGACCUCACCUUGCCUGAAUUGAUAGGGAUAAUGGAUACAUGUUUUUGCUGUUUGAUAACAUGGUUAGAAGGCCACUCCUUGGCACAGACAGUAUUUACGUGCCUUUACAUUCAUAAUCCAGACUUUAUAGAAGAUCCUGCCAUGAAAGCUUUUGCUCUGGGAAUCUUGAAAAUCUGUGACAUUGCAAGGGAAAAAGUAAAUAAAGCUGCUGUUUUUGAAGAGGAAGAUUUUCAGUCAAUGACUUACGGAUUUAAAAUGGCUAACAGUGUGACAGAUCUUCGAGUUACAGGCAUGCUAAAAGAUGUGGAGGAUGACAUGCAAAGAAGAGUAAAGAGUACCCGAAGUCGACAAGGAGAAGAAAGAGAUCCAGAAGUUGAACUAGAACACCAACAGUGUUUAGCAGUAUUCAGCAGAGUGAAAUUUACUCGAGUGUUACUGACAGUGCUUAUAGCCUUUACUAAGAAAGAGACCAGUGCUGUUGCAGAAGCUCAAAAAUUGAUGGUUCAAGCAGCAGAUCUUCUUUCUGCCAUUCAUAAUUCAUUGCAUCAUGGCAUCCAGGCCCAGAAUGAUACUACAAAAGGAGAUCAUCCAAUUAUGAUGGGGUUUGAACCCCUUGUUAACCAGAGGCUACUUCCACCUACGUUCCCUCGAUAUGCAAAAAUAAUUAAAAGGGAAGAAAUGGUCAACUAUUUUGCAAGAUUAAUAGAUAGAAUAAAAACUGUCUGUGAAGUGGUCAAUUUAACAAAUUUACAUUGUAUCCUGGAUUUUUUCUGUGAGUUUAGUGAACAGUCACCUUGUGUUCUUUCAAGAUCUCUAUUACAAACCACAUUCCUGGUGGAUAACAAAAAGGUCUUUGGAACUCACCUCAUGCAAGACAUGGUGAAAGAUGCCCUUCGGUCUUUCGUCAGUCCUCCGGUGCUUUCCCCAAAGUGCUGCUUAUACAAUAACCACCAGGCUAAGGACUGUAUUGAUUCCUUUGUUACUCACUGUGUUCGGCCAUUCUGUAGUCUUAUUCAGAUCCACGGACAUAAUAGGGCUCGACAGAGAGACAAGCUCGGUCAUAUCCUUGAGGAAUUUGCUACCCUGCAGGAUGAGGCAGAGAAGGUUGAUGCAGCUCUUCACACUAUGCUGCUGAAACAGGAACCCCAAAGGCAACAUUUGGCCUGUUUAGGAACCUGGGUCCUUUACCAUAACCUUAGAAUUAUGAUACAGUAUCUUCUCAGUGGCUUUGAAUUGGAACUCUACAGCAUGCACGAGUACUACUACAUAUAUUGGUAUCUCUCUGAAUUCCUUUAUGCAUGGUUGAUGUCGACACUGAGUCGUGCCGAUGGCUCUCAAAUGGCAGAGGAAAGGAUAAUGGAAGAGCAGCAGAAGGGCCGUAGCAGUAAAAAGACAAAGAAAAAGAAGAAAGUUCGCCCUUUGAGCCGAGAAAUCACAAUGAGCCAGGCCUACCAGAACAUGUGUGCUGGCAUGUUUAAGACCAUGGUGGCAUUUGACAUGGAUGGCAAAGUACGAAAACCCAAGUUUGAGCUUGACAGCGAGCAGGUUCGGUAUGAGCACAGAUUCGCCCCAUUCAACAGUGUCAUGACUCCACCCCCCGUGCACUAUCUGCAGUUCAAGGAAAUGUCUGACCUCAGUAAAUACAGCCCUCCUCCCCAGUCUCCAGAACUGUACGUGGCGGCUAGUAAGCACUUCCAGCAGGCCAAGAUGAUCCUGGAGAACAUCCCAAACCCAGACCUCGAGGUCAGUAGAAUUUUAAAGGUUGCCAAACCCAACUUUGUGGUUAUGAAGUUAUUGGCAGGAGGACACAAAAAGGAAUCUAAGGUUCCUCCUGAAUUUGAUUUCUCUGCUCACAAAUAUUUUCCUGUUGUGAAACUUGUUUGAGACAUAAAGGUGACCAUAAAGGGGUAAAAUCUACUUUCAGAUUCUACUCUUAGAGGAUCCAUCCACCAGUCUUACCAUGUAACAUGAAGUG